GCCGUAAAAGGAAAGUAAUCCGUAAUUAUCAAAAUAAAUAUUUUAUAAUUAAAGCCACAAAUCAUCCCUUAAUUAAUAAUAUAUUUAAAUAUUUCUGAUUUCCGCAUUUCUUUUUCCAAAAAGCCUUUUCAAUCCAACCCUUCGUUUUCUCUUCCAAAGCCCUAAUUUUUCCUUUCUCUUCUGAUUAUCACUCUUCGCUAUUUUUCCUAUUUUACUGGCUUUAGAUAGAGUUUUGAUUCAAGCUGUUGUGGGGGAAAAGAGAGAAGAAAAAUGUCGGGAUCUGAAACUGGUGUGAUCACCAGUAGAGAACCCUUCACCGUCGGCGUUCAAAAUAGCUCCUUACAGUCGCAGUCGGCGGCCCAAAAUAUGCGAUUAGCCUUCUGCGCUGAUGGCCCAGCCGUCUACAAGCCUGUGACUCCUUCAACCUCACCGUCUUACCAAUCCUCCAUGGCCGGAGUUUCUGGUAAUGCCGGAAUUGAGGGAUCGGCUGGUGGAGGAGGGUCUAUGUUGCCUCAUGGUUUCAAUAUAAAUUCGGUGGGUAGUGAGCAAAUAAAGAGGAAGAGGGGCAGGCCGAGGAAGUAUGGACCAGAUGGCUCCAUGGCUUUAGCUUUGGCUUCUGGGCCGUCAUCAGGAACUGGAGGUUUUCCUCCUUCAAAUAUGGCUAAUUCUGCUUCUGAAGGACUGGGCUCACCAAAUUCAUUGAAGAAAAUUAAAGGCAGGCCACUUGGUUCUAAGAAAAAGCAACAAUUGGAAGCUUUAGGAUCGGCUGGUAUUGGGUUCACCCCACAUGUUAUUGACGUGAAAGCGGGAGAGGAUGUAUCGUCAAAAAUAAUGUCCUUUUCUCAGAAUGGCCCCAGAGCUAUAUGUAUCCUGUCUGCAAACGGAGCAAUAUCAAAUGUGACUUUACGUCAACCUGCUACAUCUGGUGGAACUGUUACUUAUGAGGGGCGAUUUGAAAUUUUGUCACUUUCGGGUUCAUUUCUCCCGUCUGAAAAUGGUGGUCAGAGAAGCAGAACUGGUGGGUUGAGUGUGUCUUUGUCUGGUCCAGAUGGCCGAGUUUUAGGUGGUAGUGUGGCGGGUCUCCUCACAGCUUUAUCUCCUGUUCAGGUGGUUGUGGGAAGUUUCAUAGCCGACAGCAACAAGGAACCGAAGUUAGCGCGCCAAAAUGAACCCAUCAACGUCUCGCCAAUGCUAAACCCAGUUGGCUUUGGUCACUUGACAGGAGGAGCCAGUAGUCCAUCUCAUGGGACGCUAAGCGAGUCUUCCGGUGGCGGCCCCGGCAGCCCCCUCAACAACAGCUCUGGAGCCUGCAACAAUAGCAACCAUCCACAGAGCAUGUCCGGCAUGCCAUGGAAAUAAGUAUCAUAGCCAUUGAAUCCCGCUGUGAUCCCACAAAUCGAGCCGAUAAUCUAAUUUCCAUGACAGGGAUGGGUGCGUAGAGCUGUAUUUCUAAUGUCUUUUGGGCCGUCUGGGACUCUGGGGGAGCUUUUGUAAUUUGUAAUUUUUUUUUAAAGAAAAAUUCAGUUUUAGCGUGAUACUACUAGCAAAGCCAAGUAGGG